CAUUUCACUUUUAAGAUAACACCUUUGUUUAGAGAAAUAUUACAAAAACUUUUUACGACUAAUCUUGAAUCAAGCAAUGGCAGAACUCCUCCAUUGUUAGUCAUGUGCAGCUAAGCAGUUGUUUUUCCUGCCAUCUGACGGUCGCCUAUGAAAGCUCCAAACUGAGACGAGUGUUGUUUAACAGCGGCUUACAGCUAGGUUGGGUUUGAGUGUUUAACAAGUUUGCUGUUUACCGGCUAACAUUCUGUCAUCGACCAGCGUAGAUAUAUAAUCAUGAUCCAGUUUUCUUACAAAGAGUUGCAAGUUUGGUUUCAGCUCUUUGUCUAGUAUAGUAGUUGCCUCAAGGUUGAGUAAGUUCAAGAUUUCUAACGCUUAAUUCUCUUUCAGCUUCCAUUGUUUGUCCGCGUUAACGUUAUUCGCGCGGUCUGCGCAGCAUUUGACGCUGUAUUUUCCACAAUGAAAAUGCGGUUAUUUUUAUUUUAGCGUCUCACAGUUUUGGAAGAGAUUACUGAGAGAUAAUAUAUUCGUGAAACGGACGUAUACUCCUGUGUUGAGUUGACGUCAGGUUUACUAAUCUAACACUGAAAGAUCCAAAAACAAACUAAAUUCAAAGCUGUAGUCGUUGCUGAAAGUUGAAUGUUAUUGAAAGUUUAUCGUUUUAUCUUUAUCUCCACGUGUUGUUUAUAAUUCAUUAAGCAGUAGCGAACUGUUCCUACAUUUUGUGAUGUACUGAGACUGUGGACACACCCUACUAGGUUUGUGACGAAAACAUUGUAACGCACGUACUGAGCGUCGGUACAGUCCUGAUGGCGAGCAACCUAGAGAGUAAUCUAGAGACUCAUCGAUCCUCUUCGAUGGCACUCGACUCAUCAUCCGGACAAAACUCAGAUGGUUUAAACUCCGAAUGUGACUCUCCUCUUCCUUCCUCAGAACAUCCUUGUUCAUCCGAAAGCAGUGCAAGUAGCAGUAUUGCUAGUUGCGGGUCCGAAUGGCCGUCCUCGUCUCCACGUGUUAGCCCAAGCUCGAUUCCAGGGCCCAGCUGCAUUAUCAUUAGAAAUCCUUUACACGAGGCCAGGAGUUCUUCUUCCGAGCCAAGCACACGACAAAAUUCAGUUGAUUCCAUCUCAUCGAGCGAAGGGGGCUACGGAACAGAACUCCAGGGCCUGGUAUCUGCCUGUAGUUCCCCCUCCAGAUCUCUACCCAGCAGUCCCCUUGGUCCCCGUUUUAAACUUUUACACGAGGGAGACUUUCAUGUGUGUCGACUGAACCAUACACGUACUGUCAUCAGUAAAAUUUUGAGUUCCAAAUUUCUUAGACGAUGGGAAAACCACCGCCUGAUUUUAUCAGACAACGAGAUACGUUCCAAAACGCCAACAGGCUUUAUGGACGCCCCCAUCCCUUAUUCCCAAAUAGAAGAUGUCUACAGUUUAGCCAGAUGGGAUGCCAGCCAGAAGUACUGCAUUCGAAUCAUAAUUCAAAAUGGAUCAUUAUUAUUACAGGUCAACAAUGCCUACGUGCGAGACCAGUGUCUGAAUUCUAUCCAAUGGAAGAGAAGCAUUCUGAAGUACCGCAUGGUUCUCGUUAACAGUACCAGGCCUGACGUUCUCUUAAAGGAGCUAAAAAAUUUAAUUGAACUGGCUUUAACUACGCCAUUACAGGACGAGGCUAUUUACCAAGGUCCCUUAGAUAUCAUCUCAGAGCUACUAAGAACGAGUCCUCUAGAAUUGCCUCGGUCGCUUAACGAAGAAAUCGUCGCCAUCAUUACACCAUUACUAGAACGCACCACGCCAUCACCAGAAAUAUGUGACUUCUUAUGUCGGCACUGUCAAGAAAAACCACGUUCAUACGUUGUAAUGGAGCUUUUCACACCUGUCGUUCGUAGAAUUCUCAAGCACACUUUGGACUUUGGAAAAUAUCCCAAAACACGAGUAUUUGUUCAAGACUAUAUUCAAGCUUUGAACACUCAAAAUGAAGGACUUACUGUUGUACGGAAUUUUGUAAAUAGUAUCCACGGGCCUUCAAGCACAUGUCCUCACCCACGAGUUCUCCCUAACUUAGUAUCUGUAUGUCUUGCAGCUGUUUAUUCACUUUUUGAAGAACUAAAAAAUUUCACACUGGCAGAGAAGAAUGAUUCUAAUCGUGAAAUGUCUGACUGGGAAUCACGCCAUGAUAGUUUUGCAGCAAUCAUCGAAGCCAUAUCUAACUUUGACGAUUGGCGACCUGGGUUAGCACAAUUGCUACAACCUAUUCCUUUUCCAGAUGAUGCCUUGGCAUAUGACAGAUUUACCAAGAAUAUCAAACCUGUGAUUAGGAACAUAAGUACUGAUCCUUCCUGUGACGUCCAUCUAAUGGUGCUCGGUAUCAGGGAUGAAAAAGAGGGAUGGUUUCACCUAUAUUGUCCAGGUGGAAUAGCCUGUGAUGAUGAUGGAGAUUUAUGGAGCCUUAUUUUAAAAAACUUACUUGGAUGCUGUUGUCGGAGAAAAAGGUUUCUUCAGGGUUUGAAUAAGUGCCUGGGACCAUGCAUGCUGCGAGCUCUGCGAGAUGAUGAAACUUGUCAACAAGCUCUCUGUGCCAUGUUAGAACUAGAAGUUGUAGAAAAUAAAGACAUGCAGCUUCAAAUUAUCACCACUUUACAGACGACUUCAACAGGCAAACAACAGUAUGCUGCCCUCUGUCAACGACAGAUGCACCUGAAAGAAUUGCAACAAAAAGGGGGUCCCAGAAAAUUAACAUUACCAUCUAGAUCAAAUGAUGCUGAUGUUGCCAAGUUACUUAGCUGUGGGUCUUUUGGAAAUUUAGAAUGUUUAUCUUUGGCUUUCACCCAAGUGACCAGUGGUUGUGCAGAACAACUGAUUAAGUUGCCUUCUUUACGUUACCUCAAUCUUUGGUCAACACAGUUUGGAGACUCUGGCUUGCAGUUGAUAUCAGAACAUUUACACAAGCUUCAAGUUUUAAACCUGUGUGAAACACCAGUAACUGAUAAGGGUCUAGUGUCUCUAGCUGCAAUGAAGAAUUUAAGAAAACUAAACUUAAACAGUACUAGUUUAACAGCUCAAAUGUUUGAGGAACUCAAAGUAAAAAAAAUUACCAGCCUUACAAGAGUGUGACAUUCGAUACACAGAUGCCUGGUGACUUUAGAUAUUCCUGAAUCAAAUUACAAAAAUAAGAAAAUACUACAUUCUCCUGGUAUCAAGGUUUUGAAGAACUUUAUUCACCCAGACAAUUGUGGUAUUUCAACCAACUGAUGCUACUCAUAGUCCAGGAAAUUAAGCCAUCUUUAAUCCAGGAUCCAUUUAAAUCAUCCAAUAGCCAAAACAUUAGAUUCACCUAACAUGGGUUAAUCAGUGCUAAUUCUAGCACAGACUAGCAACACUAAACUACCACUUGAAGUUUAUUGAAUAAAAAAUGAUUUUAACUUUUCUGAGACCAUUGAUUUUCACACAAACAUUUUAAUUAUUACAACAUGAAUAAUAUAUAUAAUAGUAACUGUAAUAAUAUUUCCUAUAUACUUAUUUGGACCAGGGUAACUUAAUCAACAGGCCUAAUUCCUUCCUGGAAGUUACUUCAACACAAAUGUGUAAAUACACUUUCUCCUAAUUUCUUCCUGGCAGUUACUUCAACACAAAUGUGUAAAUACACUUUCUCAAUUUAAAUGUCACUGUGCAUGAAUAUAGAAUAGUGUCAUAACAACAAAUCUUGUUUACUUAAAAAAGAUUAAAUCAAGAUUUUGUAAGAUUUACAAACUGUUCACAAUGCGUGCUGUAAUUUUUAGAAUAAAUAUUUAGCCAUUUAGAAUAUGUAGUUUUUAAGACCUACUAAGAAAAUGACUGAAGCAAAAUUUUUGAAAUGACCUGUUUCUUGUAGUUUAGCAUCCUUUUAAUACAGAUAUGAAAAUACAAAUGGUGAGUUGAUGUGAAAAACUGUUUGGUAUUGGUUUCAAGGUAAAAAAAAUAUAUUCCUCAUAUAAAGUCUGAGCUGUUUAUGGGCCAGAAUGUAGAAGAGAUUUCUGAGAAAACUCUAAUGUUAUAUACAAGUGAUAAAGUUUGUGUAGCCUGAAUAUUUGUAAUGGCUUUUACAUCACAAAGAAUUAUAGCAUUUAAUUCACACUUUGAAUUAAUGUACUUUAAGACUUGUAUUACAUCCUGUGGUAGCUUUCAUAGAAAUUUCUGCAUUUUUUAAUUUUAUCUCUUUGUCAGUAAACUCAAACUUCAUAAGACAGCUAACUUACAAACAUACAAUUUAUAUAUUUAACUAAGUUUUUAAGGUUGAAUUGAAACUAUAUUUAAAUGAUGUAUUUUUAAAAAGAAUUAAUAAUUUCUGUUUUAAUCUGAUACUAUUCUUUAAAAAUUUGGUAUUUGCCAUGAGUUUGAUGCUAGAAAGGUAUCUAACAAGGCUUCAGUACUUUAUGUAAACUAAAUGUAAUUUGAUUACUAUAAAUGAUUGUGUAAUGUAGUCAUAGUCAUAGUUUAAAUCAAGCUUUUCAUAAGCAAGUUAGAAUAGUUAUCAUAACACAGUUUUUAAGAGAUUUCUUUAAAAAAAACACAAACAAAAAGGGAUCUACAAUGGUUGUCUGGAAUUGCCAUGUUGAUUGGUGUUCUAUUUGACGUAAUGCAUAUCAUCUAAUGAUUUUUUUCAGAGCCACUGGAAUUUGUAAUUUGUAUACGAAUCAUUGAAGUUAAAUAUACCCAGUUAAAUAAUAUUAAAUGGACCAUAAUAGUUCUAAUACACUUGCCUUUAAUGUGCUUCUUUUGUUUUUGACUGUGUGCUGUGCAUUGAUUUAAUGUAAGAAAUACCCACUAUGUAUGUAUAUAUAUAGUGUUUAACAUUCAUUUAAGUCCUGAAAAUAUGCGGAAAAUAUUUGAUAUUUAUGUUAUUUAUUCUCUGUAUGUAUCUUUUGUUUUAUUAUAAAUAUAUCAGCCUAAUAAAAACUUGAUUUCCUAUUUAA